AUGAAUCGAAUAUUUCAACCUUACUUGGACCAGUUUGUGGUGAUCUUUAUUGAUGACAUUCUUAUUUAUUCUCGUACUCCCCAAGAGCACGGAGAACACCUAAGGGUUGUCAUGUCAGUACUGCAAGAGAAGCAACGUUGUGCCAAGUUAAGUAAGUGCGAGUUUUGGAUGAACAAAGUGAAGUUUCUUGGUCAUGUAAUAUCACAAGGAGGAGUAUCAGUGGAUCCAUCUAAAGUCGAAGCAGUUAUGAAUUGGGAAAGACCGAAGAAUGCUUCCGAAGUCAGAAGUUUCUUGGACUUGGCAGGUUACUAUCGAAGAUUUAUAAAGGGGUUUUCACAGAUAGCCUUACCAAUUACUAGACUUACCCGAAAGGAAAUUUCUUUUAAAUGGGAUUCAAAGUGUGAGCAGAGUCUCAUGAGUUUGAAGGAGAAACUAACAACUGCUCCUGUUUUAAUCAUCCCUGAUCCUAGUAAGUCUUAUGAAGUGUGGCGGCAUUACUUGUAUGGAGUGCGUUUUGAGAUGUUUAGCAAUCACAAGAGUUUGAAAUGCUUAUUUGACCAGAAAGAGAUAAACAUGAGACAGAGGAGAUGGAUGAAGUAUUUGAAGGACUUUGAUUUUGAGAUUAAGUAUCGCCCAAGGAAAAUAAAUAAGGUUGCAGAUGCCUUAAGUCGGAAAGAGAUGCAUAAAGCUGAGUUGAUGAUGUUGGAAUAUGCAUUGUUGGAAAAGUUCUGA